AUGGCAAAAAUUCAAGACCUAAAGAUCGAGGAACUCAAACAGGAGUUGGAGAAGCGAAAUUUAGCAACCUCCGGAAGGAAAGUAGAGUUACUAUCACGGCUGCGAGAGGCUAUGGAAAAGGAAGGUAUCGACGUUGACAAAUACGACUUCCCUCGUGAGGACGAUACGACAUCAACGAAGGACGAACAGAAGGAUGAGGCUGAUUGUUCGUCGAAGGGUUUGCAGCAGACAGCCGGUAAGGUUGAAGAACAGCAAAAUGCUCCUAGUUCAUCAACAGGUAUGGACAUGAACACGUUAUUGGCUGCCAUGUCACAGAUGAUGCAGGAACAGAGGUCGCACUUGUCGUCAGACGUUUCCUCACAGAUGCAAGCCUUGGGGACACGUAUAUCUUCAGAGGAUUAA